UCCAGGGUAACUUUCAGAUCACUGCUAUUUCCACUGGCAAUAAAUAGCUGGCCGACCCCCCGGAGCCCCCAGCUUGCUUAGUUUCUAAAAGUCCAUUGUCUUCGUCUUGCUCCUAUACCCUCCAAUUUCUUCACUUCCCCUCACCGCAGCUACACCGAGGUUUCUAUCCCCGCACUUGAUCAUAGCAGAUAGAAAGAAGGGUUGAACUACUUGCACGAGCUUUCCGUUGACGGGAGUUUGAUACUUGAGUGUGCAGUUCUGAGUCACAAAACGAGACACAUAUAAUGGAGAGAUUCAUCCGUCCAGUCUCCCGACAGUUGUUGAAAUCAUCGCGGCCUCGUUAUCCCUUCCGUGUGCCUCCGCCGGUCUACGCCAAGCGACUGUAUAGCAACAUGGGUCACACCGUACCUCCGUUGAAAGACAAGUCUCUCUUCAUUGAGAAGGCCUAUGUAAAUGGAGAGUGGGUUGGCGCCGAGUCUGGGGAAACAUUCGAGGUGCAUGACCCCGCCUCCGGCUUGCUCAUCGGAACAUGCCCCGAGUUCUCCACCGCAGAUACCGAAAAGGCCAUUCUGGCGGCCAAGGAAGCGUUCCCGGCUUUCCGGUCGACCCUCGCCCGCGAGCGCGCUCGCAUGCUGCGUCGCUGGUAUCAACUGAUGGUGGAUAAUGCGGACGAUCUGGCGACGUUGAUUACGUGGGAGAAUGGCAAGCCCUUCGCCGACGCCAAGGGCGAGGUCAACUACGCGGCCGGGUUUUUCGAGUGGUUCAGCGAGGAGGCACCCCGUAUCUACGGCGACACGAUCCCGGCCUCGAUCGCGGGGAACCGGGUCAUCACCCUCAAGCAGCCCGUCGGGGUCUGCGGCUUCAUCACUCCGUGGAAUUUCCCUGCUGCGAUGAUCACGCGCAAGAUCGGCCCCGCCCUGGCUGCCGGGUGCACCGUGGUCGCCAAGACCCCCGGGGAGACGCCGUUCACGGCCAACGCUCUCGCGGAGCUGGCGCACCGGGCGGGCAUCCCCAAGGGUGUGGUGAACAUCGUCACUGCCUCGAAAAAUACCCCUGAGGUGGGUGAGGUGAUCACCACCCACCCGGAGGUCCGCAAGGUCUCCUUCACCGGCUCCACCAAUGUCGGCAAGCUGCUCAUGAAGCAGGCAUCCUCCACGAUCAAGAAGGUGUCGUGGGAGCUCGGAGGCAAUGCGCCGUUCAUUGUGUUCGAUGAUGUGGAGGACCUCGACGCCGCGGUUGCCGGCGCAAUCGCCUCGAAGUUCCGCAGCUCGGGCCAGACAUGCGUCUGUGCCAACCGGAUCUACGUGCAGCGUGGGGUGUACGAUGAGUUCGCCAAGCGCUUUGCAGAGAAGGUCAAGGGCUUCAAGCUCGGGGCCGGCUUCGAGGAGGGCAUUACCCACGGCCCGGUCAUUCAUGACCGCGCCGUGCAGAAGGUGGAUGAGCACGUGCGCGAUGCGGUAUCCAAGGGCGCUAAGAUUCUGGCCGGCGGGCAGAAGGCGUCGCACCUGGGGCCCAACUUCUACGACCCCACCGUGCUCAGCGAGAUGAACAAGGAGAUGCUGCUCGCCUCGGAGGAGACAUUCGGUCCCGUGGCGGGCCUGUUCCCCUUCGAGACGGAGAAAGAGGUUGUCGACCUGGCGAACCAGGCCGAGGUCGGACUUGCGGGAUACUUCUUCAGUGGCAAUGUGAAGCGGAUCUUCCGAGUGGCCGAGGCUUUGGAAGUGGGUAUGGUCGGUGUCAACACAGGUCUCAUCAGUGAUGUUGCUUCUCCAUUCGGCGGUGUCAAGCAGAGUGGCUUUGGCCGCGAGGGCAGCAAGUAUGGUAUCGAGGAGUUCCUGGUGGUGAAAAGCGUUACUUUUGGAGGAAUGGGCGAGCCCCUUCAAUCCUGAUUCUUUGGGGUGUAACAAGAAAAGCAUGUCCGGGCAGGAAUCCUGUGGCUUGACUUU